AUGUUGAAAAAUACGAUCCUCGGUUUCUUUUUCAUUUCCUUUUCCAUUUUAUCGCAACAAAUUGAUGCUGGAGCGUGCCUUGGUAAAAGCGCGUCUGAAAUACAUCUUCAACCCGGAGAAAGCGCCAGUCAACAAGCCGGAAAUGUUGACGACAGCAGGGAAAGACUAGAACCGUCCAACAGCAGAAACGUUGAAAGGUCCGGUCAUGAUUCGUCAAAGUGGCAUUUCGGGUAUCACAAUAUUCCAGAAUGGGGAAGUCAUCAUCCUGACUGUAAAGGCAAAAAACAGUCACCUGUCGAUCUCAAUCCGAGUGUGAUGAUCCAGCUUGAAGUGGAACAGCCUUUCGUAUGGACUGGCUACCGCAAACCUCCAAUGAACAUGACAGUCGUCAACAACGGUCAUACCGUUCAGUUGAGCGGAUAUUGGAGCGAUGACAAUAUACCACGAAUAUCCGGUGGAACUCUCACGGGCGAUUACGUAUUCCUUCAGCUUCAUUUUCACUGGGGCACGACGGACGAUUCCGGAAGUGAACACACCAUCAAUAACGUUGGUCUGCCUCUCGAGAUGCACAUGGUUCACUACAAAAAAAGUUAUGGAUCAGCGGCUAAAGCGAUGAAAAAUAAAGACGGUUUAGCCGUCAUUGGAAUUCUUUACAAAAUCGAUAAAAUGCAAAGUAAUGGAAUUCAGUUAAUGCUUAAAAACUUUAAAGACUUCAAAUCUCCGGGAAGAGCGACGCCAAUUCAACCGUUCCCACUGUCCAAAUUCAACUUGAAUUUCCCAGGCGAAUAUGUGAGUUAUUCGGGCUCGUUGACCACUCCGCCCUGUAGCGAAAUUGUCACAUGGAUCAUCCCAGUAUAUCCUCGAUUCAUGAGUCAAAAACAGAUCGACAAGUUUCGGCAAAUCAGUCUCGCUGGGGGGGACGAUCAUAACAACCGUCCAGUUAUGCCCCUGAAUCGUCGGGCGCUUAACUACAUAGGACAUUGAUAAAAGAAAACCAAU